AUUUUUUUCCUUCCCGCUUGCCAUCGAUAGAUGUCAAAAUUUUUGUCCAUACUUAUUCAAAAAACAUCUGGUCAUCAGCAGACGAAACAUCUAAUAGCAAUAAUGUCUAAAAGAAAUAGUUAUCGUAGGACACCGAAUUUUAAACCUGAAGUGAAAGUGGUCAAAAAUCGUUCAGGAUUUCCAGUGCCUACAGUCAAUCGUAAGGAGAAAGUUGAAGUUUUACCUGAACCUAUCAAAUCUGCAUCUGAUAAAAAGCUGUACAAAACAAUACGAUUGAAAAAUGGUUUAACAGCACUGCUCAUCUCUGACCCCAGUAGACCUGUUAACCAAGAAAACAAUAGCUCUAGUGAAGAAGAAAGUAGUAGUGCAGAAGAAAGUUCGAAUACAGAAAGUGAUGGUGGCAAAUCAGGUCAUUCAGCUGCGAGUGAUCACCAUGGUACACAUAGAAGAAAUGAAUUUGAUGAAGAAAAAUUGGUCCGCUUUCGUCGUAAUCUUGUGAGAUGCAUGAAGGACGCGUGUGAAAAAUUUUUAUUGAGAAAGCGAUGCAAGAUAUUUUUUAACCAACUUUCACUUGACACGGCGGCGUGCGCGCUGUGCGUGGGCGUGGGCAGCUACAGCGAUCCCCCGGACAUCCAGGGGCUGGCGCACUUCGUUGAGCACAUGGUCUUCAUGGGCAGUCAGAAGUAUCCCAAGGAGAAUGAAUUUGAUUCAUUUAUAAAGAAAAAAGGUGGUUCCGACAACGCGUCUACAGACUGCGAGCUGACGACGUUCUACUUCGAGAUCCAGGAGAAGUACUUACCUCAAGCUAUGGACAUGUUCAGCCAGUUCUUCGUCAGCCCGCUCAUGAUGAAGGAGGCUAUGCAGAGGGAGCGUGAGGCUAUAGAGUCAGAGUUUGCGAUCGCGUCACCGUCUGACUCGAAUCGCAAAGACCAGUUGCUGGCGAGUCUGUUCCCCGAGGGGCACCCCGCGCGCACCUUCACGUGGGGCAACCUGCGCAGCCUCAAGGACGAGCUGGAUGAUGACGAGCGCCUGCACCGCGCCGCGCACGACUUCAGGAAACGACAUUAUAGUGCACAUCGCAUGACCGUCGCUGUACAGGCUCGUAUGGAUCUAUCGGAGCUGGAGCAGUACGUGGUGAACACGUUCGGGGGCGUGGAGAGCAACGGCCUGCCCCCCACAGACUUCUCCCCGCACGCUUUCUCCCCCGCAGCCGUCACCCCGCAAUUCCGCAGUCUCUACUACGUCAAGCCCGUCAGCGAUACCACAGAGGUAACCUUAACCUGGUGCAUGCGUUCUCUUCUAUCGGAAUACGAAUCGAAACCCCACCAGUACAUAUCUUACCUUUUAGGACAUGAAGGGAAAGGCAGUCUACUUUCUUACCUAAGGAAAAAAGUAUGGGCGCUUGGUAUCUACACGGGAAACUCAGAAAGUGGUAUCGAUUAUACUUCUAUGUACAGUUUGUUCUCCACGAAAGUGGUACUUACCAAGGAUGGACUUGAUCAUGUUGAUGAAGUGUUAGAAGCAAUAUUUUCAUAUAUAAAUAUGCUUAGAGAAAUUGGUCCUUCGGAACGGAUAUACAAUGAAAUUAAGACGAUAGAAGAGACGAGUUUCCGUUUCGAAGAGGAAUCUCAGCCUUCAGAUUAUGUGGAGUCUUUAGCGGAGAAUAUGCAUUUCUUCCCUCCGGAGCAUUAUAUUACUGGAGACAGACUGUAUUAUAAAUACGAUCCUCAAGGUAUAAGAGAAUUAUUGGAGUGCAUGCACGCGGACUCAGUCAACAUAAUGGUGAUGUCCAACAAGUACGCGACGCCCGUCAACUACGAUAUGACGGAGAAAUGGUUCGGUACUGAAUAUAAACGACAAGAUAUACCAAAUAACUGGCUACAUCGCUGGCUGAAUGUGAAACCAUACACAAACUUCCAUUUACCUGCUGAGAAUAUAUAUUUGACAACAAACUUCGAUCUAAUAGCGCCCGCGCCCGCGUAUCUUGAGGCCGCCAAUGAAAUAGGAGUUGAUUUGAUGACCAGUUCUGUUAAAGAUGUACAUAAGAAGGUGAACGCGGCUCCCAAGAUCAAGAAAGUGCUAAAACACGGCGAUUUGAUCGCUACUGUUAACAACUUUAGGUUGGAUCAACCGAAUCUACUGCGUAAGAAUAGACAUAUGGAGCUUUGGUACAAGCCCGAUUUUAAAUUCCGCUUUCCAACAGCUUUGUUAUAUUUCUGCUUCAUAACUCCGCUAAGUUUGAAGACGCCGAAAGAAGCCUGUCUAUUAGAUCUGUGGACGGACGUAUUGCAACAAGAUUUGAAGGAAGAAGUAUACGCAGCCUACAUGGCGGAUUUAUCUCAUUCACUUUACGUAUCGGACAAAGGGCUCACAUUGAAAGUUAAUGGAUACAACCAAAAUCUACACUUGUUGGUGGAGUUAAUAACCCGCGAGAUGAGGUCAACGGGCAGUACGUUGACUGCGGGCAUGUUCGAGGCAGUGCGCGAGGUGCGCGCGCGCAAUUACCACAACGUGCUCAUCAAGCCGCAUAAGUUAUCCAAAGACUUGCGUAUGGAUGUAUUACUAGAUCCAUACAUAUCUCCGCGCGACAAGGCGGCCGUGGUGCACAACCUCACUAUAGACGACCUGCAGGACUUCAGCAGGCGGCUGCUCAGCAAAAUGUAUUUACAAGUGUUAGUGCAAGGCAACUUGGCGUGGCACGAGGCCAUCAAAAUAUCGGAAAACGCACUGAGGAAUAUACAGUGGGAUGUGCUCGAUGAAACUGAGCUCCCAGAGCUCCGUGUACACCAGCUGCCGUUGGGCGAGCGCAAGCUGCGGGUGCUGAGCCUCAACCCAGCUUCCACCAACAGCAUUGUUACCAAUUACUACCAAGCGGAGGUCACCACGCCCAAGGACGUUGCUAUACUGGAACUGCUCAUGAUGCUGAUGGAGGAGCCGGUGUUCGACACGCUGCGCACCAAGGAGCAGCUCGGCUACAGCGUGUUCAGCAUGAUGCGCUACACCUUCGGCGUGCUCGGCUUCUCCGUCACCGUCAACACGCAGGUCGACAAGUUCAGCGUGCAGCACGUGGAGGCGCGCGUGGAGGCGUUCCUGCGCAAGUUCGCGCGCGACAUGCGGCGGCUGGGCGAGCGCGCGCUGGCCGCCACGCGCACCGCGCUCGUGCAGCUCAAGCACACCAUCGACUACGAGCUCAAGGAGGAGGUGGAGAGAAAUUGGCGCGAGAUCGUGAGCAUGGAGUAUAAAUUCCAAAGGCUGUUUUCAGAAGCGAAUGCGAUAGAGAAGAUAAGAGUGGGCGACAUCAAGACUUGGGUGGAGGACCACUUCCCCAGCGGCAACAAGUCACACUUCAGGAAAUUAUCUGUCCAGGUAAUGGGCCACGUGUCGAAGAAGGACAACACAACCGAAGUGGAACUCAAGAGUUUCGACCUCACGUAUUUAGACGCGAACAAUCCUAUCGGAGAUUCCACAGAAAAUGCUCCGGAUUUUAUCAAAGAUAUAAGAGAUUUUAAAAAGGAUUUGCCGUUUAUUGACGUGCCUCAAGUCAAGUUAGCGCAGUGCUAAUUUGUACCUUAUUUAUAUACAAUAAGCCACAUUUUUGUUUGACAGCAUCGAAAUCACAGAAUAUGACAUGUUUAUGGAAAUAUAGAUUAAAAAUGACAGGAAAAAUUGUCUUUGACUAUUGUAAAUUCAAAAUAGGAAUAAGAAUAUAUUGUAGAAAUAUUUAAUAAUUCCCUUAAAUUUAUUUAAUACCGCUUCUA